UUUUAUUUCUUAACUUUUUAGUAGUUCAUUUUUUAAUGCUGCUCUAGAUAUGCAGGAUUAUUUUUCUACUUUUACUUUACUAACCUGUCAAAAACAGUAUGUAAUUUUCAAUUUGGCCAGAGGAGGGCAGCAAUGUGUGCAUAACAUCAGCCUUACCACCCACUAUAACCUCAUACAGUCAAUAAUUACCUUUAACGAGCGGUUUAUUUAGAUAUGCAGAUUAUGUGGACUUGAAGAUGAUUGAUAUUUUUAGUUUAGCUCAGCUUAAAUGAAAAAAUAUUAAUUUUUCAUAUUUAACGAAGAAUAUAUUUUAAAAAAUAAUGGUCUAUAAAUUAGUUAAUUUACAGUUUAUAUUUGAAUGGGCAGGAAAUAUUGAUACUUAACCUGAAUUUAUAUAUAUAUAUUUAAAUAUAUAUAUAAUGUAGUUUAUUGACGUCUUCUACAUGCAUCGAUAAUACAAGUUUCAUUCAGCUAUUAGAUAAUGAAGCGCACUUCAACGUUGAUAGCUGAGCUCGUAGCCCCGCCUCCCUGUGAUGAUAUUCCCCGCGUUUUAAUUGGCUGUCGGAAGCCGUCACUCUUCAUCCUCCCAGGCUAGGUUGCUCUGCACCUUUCCAGCUUGCUCAAUUGAUGAGCAAUCCUGAGCUUCAAGCGGCUACGUUGACGUCUUUUAUUGGAACUACACAAAACCGCGUUACUUUGUUUGGAGAGGUUUGAAGAGAUUAUCUCGACCCCCCCCGUUUCGCGGAGUUGUUUUCCUCGCUACGACGGCAUCUGACAUUUAAUCCCGAAGAGGCGCUAUAGGAUUCUAACCACGGCUAUGAAUCGCUGUUUUUUUAACGCUCAACUGUUAAUGGUGUUGUCAUCUUGAGGAAGAAGCAGCCUACUUUUGCAAAAAAAAUGGCUGAAAUGCACCUGCUGUGGAAUAUCGGACUCCUGCUCCUCGUCCACGGUGGAUUCUAAAUGGAGGAAUAAGAUUGGAAAAAAGCGAUGGCACAUGCCUUGUUGUCGCGGUUCAUGCGUGAAGCGCUUAGCUCCGAACCGGGCGUGAUGACAACCGAGUGCCCCUCCUCUCCCGGGACUUGAAUAAAAAGGCGCUCCCCGACACUCCAGCCUCACUUUUUUUCCACGAUCUGCCCACUCAAGAUGGAGCUGUGACAUGUUGACGUCUCGUCAUCUGGCUCAUCUGCUUACAUUCAACUCCUAGCGUGGGACGUCCAAGUGUGCAACGCGGAUGAUCCCGACGCGGGAGGGAUUUGUGUAGAUUAUCGGCAGACUGCUAUUUUGCUCCGUGUUAAGUGAAUAUAUAUCGGCUUUUCACCGGCUCCUUUGCAACAUGAGAACCGCAGCCACAUGUCGACCCACAGCGGUGUCACCUCCGGGUGAACCUGUCCGAGCUAUUGUCUCCACGAUGCAAACGGAAGCGGUCCACUGAGCCCAGACCCCCCACCCUUUGAGGACAAAACCCACCCGGACGCCUGAACGCCUCACUCCGGAUACGUUGUGACUCUCACUCGGGCCGCCAACCGGAGGAUGUUGGAGUCAGGAUGCUGCGCUUCCCCGUGAAGAAGAUCCGGAAGCAGUUUAAGCUGCUGCUGCUUCUCGUGCUGCUCACCUCCGCGGUGUGGUUUACUUACCUGCACAUACACCAGGGAAAGACCAUCAAACUCCACUUUAAUUACGGCAAAGAUGGAGAAAGACAGACGGAGGGUACAGACACCGGCCGCAAGAGGGACGCUCGCUCGUCAGCUAGCCAUCACAAGAACGAGGACACCAGCGACAGCAGGGAGGACGAGGCGGCGGAAGACGAGCCGAUCGCAGGAGUCCCCAACAGCAGAGACCGCACCCACAUCAGCAAGUUUCUUACCGAGCGCCAUAAGAAAUUGCCAUGGAAACCAGAGUAUAAAGGCCAGGCCAACCUCCAUGUGUUUGAGGACUGGUGUGGCUCCUCGAUAGCCCAACUCAGAAAAAACCUGCACUUUCCCCUCUAUCCUCAUACUAGAACGACCGUGAAGAAGCUGGCCGUUGCUCCGAAGUGGAAGAAUUAUGGUCUGAGAAUCUUUGGAUUCCUUCACCCUUACAGAGAUGGGGAUUUCCAGUUCUCUGUAUCUUCUGAUGAUAAUUCAGAGUUCUGGCUCAGUCCUGACGAAAGCCCCCUCAACGCCCGGAUGCUGGCCUUUGUGGGUCAGCUGGGUACAGAAUGGACCGCUCCGGGGGAGUUCAGCAAGUUCAGGUCCCAGUCCUCCAAGUCUGUACAUCUGAUGUCAUCCAGACGAUACUACUUUGAGAUUCUGCACAAGCAGGAUGACAAGGGUUCCGAUCACGUGGAGGUUGGGUGGCGUCCGUUCCUCCCUGGUCUGAAAUAUGAAGUCAUAGACUCAGCCUACAUUUCACUGUAUACAGACGAGUCCAGUCUCAAGAUGAACAGUAUAGGUCACAUCCCUCAAACCUUUGCCAGUCACGUCCGCCUCCCAGAGGAGUCUCUACCCUGGAAGGUGGAAGGAGGUGGCAUCCCACAGCACGGAGCAGACAUGCUGAAGCCGGACCCGAGAGACACCUUCUAUAGCACUCCCAUGAUCGACCCCUCUCGCCUGGAAAACAUUCUGCCUGCUUGUCUUUACUCUCCGACUUACGUCGUGAAAGAUUUCCCCAUCGCCAGAUACCAGGGCCUGCAGUUUGUGUAUCUUUCUUUCGUCUACCCAAACGACUUCACACGGCUCACACACAUGGAGAGAGAAAACAAGUGUUUCUACCGAGAGUCUCCAAUCUACUUAGAAAAAUUUGGUUUCUACAAGUAUAUGAAGAUGGAUGAGGAGGAAGAUGAUAGGCCAUUCUUCUUUCCCAACCCUGACGAUUUCCUUGAGGAGGAGGAGAUGGUGGAUGCUGAGGACGAGGCGGAGAUUGUUGGCACACCGACUCCCAAGAAGCCUCCGCACUUCAGUCAGACAAGCCACGCCUCAAAACCCUUCCAUCCGCAACAUCAACCUGGGCCUACAUUUGUGGGCAAGGAAGGAGAAGAUGAAGAAGAUGAGCCUGACGACAAAGAAGAAGGAGGAAUCGAUAGUAUUACACAACGUAGAGAGAGGAUACACUUUCCGUACAGAGAUGAGGAGACGGAACGGGACAGACAUUGGAAAAGAGCUCAUCCAAAAACGAACAGAAGUCAUGACAGCGGAGAGAUGGUACCCAAAGUCCAAUCUAGGAUGCAUUACCCUGACAUAGAUAGCGUCAUCCCGGGGCGCUCUCUAUCCUGGAUCCAUAGCAGCCCAAACAGUAAAGGCGGAGGACCGGAAGUAUCUGAGAAAGAAGUCGAUGCUCCACCGAAACUGACAAGAUCUCUCUUUUUCCCCAAAAAGUCCUCCAUCCCUGCGCUUACCAGUCGUGCCAAACAGAUCCUGACUAACUCCGCCCACAGCAACAACGUCCGUGACAAUAACAGCAAACUUGCUGCAAACAAGAAGAAGGAUGAGAACAAGAUCUACAUCACGAGGCCUCGGCCCAACAGGGAACGAGAGAAGGAACGGGAGCAGCGUCGAGAGAGGAGGGAGGAGCGGGCAUCUCGUCACCCGAGAGAGAUAUUCCCUGGAGUUUUUCUCUACCAAACAGGAAAGACGACAAGAUUGGUGAAACUCGGCGCCCAAGGAAAUGUCGGUGGGGUUAAAAUGGGUAGAAGUCCAGUCAGCGCCCCUCAACUGUGGCCCAGUCGCUCCAUGAAAGAGGGCAAAGCAUCUCCGGACAAUGGAAGCAUUCAAAAGUCUACCAACGGUGAAACAGAUGUAAAACGGUUCAGGGAAAGUCGCCCUUUAAAGAGCAAUGUCACGACUACUCCUCCCAGUAAAGGUGAUCCACUGUCCCAUCACCAAGACUCCACUCCGCCUUCACCUCAUUGGUCGAACUCCACCGAAAACCCUCAAGGUCAAAAGCGGGUUACGUCUUACCUCAGGACCACUGAGAUCACAGAAUUGCAGCCGGACUCCAACCUGGAUGAGCUGGAGCAGGACAUGAACCGCUCCAACCCUGACCCAGAGCCAGAACUGGAGGAAGGCGAGAUGUCGGACUACAGCUACGAGGAAGUGGAGGCUCGUCCGGGCUGGGCAGAGGAGAGCAUCAACUGGCAGAGGACCUUCUCUGUGAAUCCGAUGGACUUUGAGCUGCUGCGGUCCGACUGGAAUGACCUGCGCUGCAACGUGUCUGGGAACCUCCAGCUGGCGGAGAGCGAGGUGGUGGAUGUGUUGGCCCAGUACAUGGAGAAGCUGAACGAACGCAAUGGAGGGAUUUAUACAUUGUUACGAAUCAUCAACGUGGAGAAGCGCCGUGACUCUGCCAGAGGAAACCGCUAUCUGGUGGAACUGGAGCUAAUGGAGCGAGGCCGCAGUGUAGUGCGUCUGUCUGAGUACGUGUAUCUGCUCCUGCACCGUGGCAGGCAAGUAGACGAAAGCCUGGAGAACUCUGAGACCGUUCCAGGCUCCGUCCCGGCUUCAGGACCUUCCGCCGCUACGUCCAACCUUAGCGCCUCAUCGAACCCGCCCUCGACCAGGUCCCCGUCACGACCCGCAGCCACACCCUGGAGCACAGCCUACGCCAAGCCUCUGCUCUGCCAGCCAGUCAUGCUGCAAUGGAGGAAAGAUGUUAUGGUGCACUUUGUGGUCCCAGUGAAGAACCAAGCACGCUGGAUCCAGCAGUUCAUUUCAGACAUGGAAAAUCUCCACCAUCAGACCAAGGAUGACAAUUUCAGCAUCAUCAUUGUUGACUUUGACAGCGAUGACAUGGAUGUGGAGCAGGCACUUCGAGACAGCAGCGUGCCGAGAUAUGAAUAUCUUAGGAGAGAAGGGAACUUUGAGCGCUCGGCAGGACUGCAGAUUGGAGUGGACACCAUCGAGGACAGCCACAGUAUCGUGUUCCUGUGUGACCUCCACAUCCAUUUCCCUCUCAACAUCUUGGAGAGCAUCCGGAAGCACUGUGUGGAGGGACGCCUCGCUUUCGCUCCCAUUGUUAUGAGACUCGGCUGUGGGAGCUCACCUCUGGAGCCUGACGGGUACUGGGAGGUAAAUGGAUUCGGGCUGUUUGGUAUUUACAAGUCUGAUUUUGAUAAAAUUGGAGGAAUGAACACGGAAGAAUUCAAAGACCGCUGGGGUGGAGAAGACUGGGAGCUUCUGGACAGGGUGCUACAGAACGGUUUGGAAGUGGAGCGACUCCGCUUGCGGAACUUCUUUCACUACUACCACUCCAAACGUGGAAUGUGGAAUGCCCAAAACAAGAAGACUCCUAAGUGAUAGCCGACUCCUAGAUCUGCCUGCAGAUCCGUGGCGCGUGUAUGUGUGAGAACGAGCCGGGAGAGCUCACUCACUGCCUACCUAUUUUCAGGGAAGCGUCUGCUUCAGCAUGGGCCCCUCUUGUCGUGUAACGGAGGGGGGUGGGGGGGGUCGUCUAAAUGUGAACUUUGGAAGCGAGCUGUUUACACAAAUCAUGGUGGGUCAACUGGAGUACUUUGGGGAAGAGAGAGGCUUUUUCUACUCUUUCUCUCUACCCUUUACUAGUGGAGUGUUCUCGGAUGAAGUGGAAAGCAGCUGUUUAGUGUGUGUGAGUGUGCUUAUGUAUAUAUGUACAGUAUAUACAGUGGUGUGAAAAGGUGUUUGCCCCCUUCUUGAUUUUUGCAUAUUUGUCACACUUCAAUGUUUCAGAUCAUCAAACAAAUGUAAAUAUUACUCAAUGACAACACAACUGAACACAAAAAUGAAACUUGUUUUAUUAUUAAGAUAGAAACAGGCCAUGACACUACCACCACCAUAUUUUACUGUCGGUUUGAUGUUGUUUUUGUGCCGUUACUUUUACGCCACAUGUAAUGGUGGCACACAUUUUUUCAAAAGGUUCAUCUUUUGUGUCGACAAACGACAGUAUUUUUGCUUAGUAUCUUUCUUACGAUGGAGUCAUGAACACUGACCUUAACUGAAGUGGGGCCUGUUGUGGGGUCUUUUAUGACCUCUUGUUGUCGCUGCGCUCUUGGGGUAAUUCUGGUUGGCCCGGCGACUCAUGGCAAGGUUCACUACUGUUUCAUCAUUUGGGGAUAAUGGCUCUCACUGUGUUGUGCUGGAGCCCGAUGCUUUAGAAAUGGCUUUAUAAGCUUUUCCACUUGAACUCAUUUAUGUUUUAGGUUAAGUUAAGGUCAGUGUGGUGUAAAAGUAACGGCACAAAAACAACAUCAUACCAACAGUAAAAUAUGGUGGUGGUAGUGUGAUGGCCUGUUUCUCCCUUAAUAAUAAAAUAAAAAUAAUAAAAAUGAAAUAACUUUUUUUAUUAAAAAAACGGUAUUUUGUGUUCAGUUGUGUUGUCAUUGACUAAUAUUUACAUUUGUUUAACAACCUGAAAUGUUUAAGUGUGACAAACAUGCAAAAAAAUCAGGAUAGGGGGGCAAACAGUUUUUCACACCACGGUAAGUGUGUGUGUGGCGGCUGAAAGAUGAACGAAAGCACCUUUUUUCCUAACAAGGAGAUGCGCACCUCAGAUUUUAUUGUGUUAUGUUGGCACAAUGUGAAUUUGUAUCAUCAAGCUCCGAUACCGUGACGUACGAAUAUUAAAUCGACGCAAAAUAUAUCAAUUAAUCAAUUAUGGCCGAGGUGCUAAAGUAACGAAUUUUACAUUACAUUACAUAUACAGUAGAUCCAGCCAUCCGGUUUCUACGCCAUGGGGGGGUAUGCUGGAGCCUAUUCCAGCUGACUUGGACUGAUCGCCAGCCAAUCACAGAUCACACAUAGAUAUGUCAUCUAUAUACACAUCACAUUUACGCCCUCCAUCUUGUCUUUCACAUUAUCUCGUCAGCGUCAUGUGCUUUUGUACAGUUGGAACUUUCUCUACAGCCCUGCCAUUUUUGGAACGGGGGUCAUUUUACCAUGAACUGCUGUCGUUUAUUUUGUUUUUACGACUACACUAACUGUUGUGUUUUGAUACCUGAAACACUGGUUUGUGAACAGUUGACGCCUCUUAAUCGCCGGAUGCUCGCCUCCGCGUUCCCUCCGCGUUCCCUCCAGAUCUCUAACCUCAUCGUCAAAGUGAACACUACGGAGGGAAUUAGAGGUCUUAGAGUUGGGUUUAAUUUUUAAGCAUUUUUGUGUUGCAAAUAUUGGCUAUGUGGAAAAUGAAAAGGUUUAUUUAUGUGCGUAUUACCUGAAACUCAAACAGAAGUGGGAGCAUUUACUGUUUCUCACGUGUGUGCCUUCAUCAGGGUCGGGGCUGCAGGUCGUGUUAUUAACAGAAGAACAGGAAUGAUAGAAGGAAUUACGGUUCUUUACCAUGGAUUACAGAUGAUGGAGUGGGUGUCCUUGUUGUAUUAAUUCAAAGCAAACUAAAAGGCCAAUGUUGACUACUGAGCAGGACCACGUGGUCUUACGCUGACCCUGCAGUCCAGCAGGGCCCGACUGGCUCCAACCAGUUUAAAUGGAGGGAGGACGGGCUCCUAAUGCUUCUCUUUAUACAACUAUUGGUUUAAGUUAUAUAUUAUAGUUAAUAAUCCGGUGUUGACUUAUAUGAUUGUUAAAUGCCCUCUUCUUUGCCUCUACUGGACAAAAGGUCUAAACUGUACCAGGUCAUUUAACAGUCAUAAGGGACUAUAUAAAGAACUGUGUAAACUAUGAACUAGACUAGAUAUAUAUUGAAGAAGCGGAGUGGCGGUAAAUAGGAAUAUACAUUCCAAGGUAAUUUCUGUGAAAUUGUUUCGUAGAGAAAAGGUUAAAAGAAUGUACUUUAAUUUGUUUGUUUUUUUUCCAUAUAAAAUUUUAUGCUUACGCCUA